CGAGCUGCAUGUAAAUUUAACCAUGACUUAGACCCUCCGAAAUUCCCAGUGUAGGCCUUAGAAUUAAGAUAAAGGAGCAUAGACUGUUUAUGAGAUUGAUGUACUUCAACUGGGCAACAAAUUACGCAUACUCCAUUACUCCUCCAUCAUAAUUCUUGAAGAAAGUCUUCUUCUGUUCCAGUUCCAGCCUUCAGAAAGUCGUUGAGGUACGAACUGACUGCCUCAUCUUGAUCUUUUAUUAGGUCUCUCAUAAAUAGAUUACUUUCUCAUAAUCACUGGCCUCAAAGAAUUCGAGCAUACUAUACUCGGUAGCUUAACAAAUAGUGGGAAACGAUGUCUCUUGUUUACUCUUUGCCCUGCACAAAUCCCAUUCGCAUCCGCAGUAGUCGCCCAAAAUCAGGGUUUGUAGCAGAACCACAAGUUUGUUCUACUUUAUCAACCCAUUUACCAUACAAAUGCAAGAAGCCUAUUAGUGCUUUUACAAAUACUUGUUCUGUAAAGGCUUUCCAUUUCUUCAAUGCCUCUGUUGCAACAAAUGCUAUGAAAAUUGAUAAUGGUGAGGUAUUAUCGGCCGAUGAGGAGGAGAUCACAAUUGAUUUUGAUUGGGGUGAUGAGGAAGAUGAGGGAUGUCCAUGGGAAGGGGCGAUUGUCUAUAGACGAAACCCGUCAAUCACUCACUUAGAAUACUGCACUACUUUAGAAAGGCUUGGUUUAGGCAAGAUUUCUUCAGAAUUAUCCAGAUCUAGGGCUGCCGCCAUGGGAUUACGUGUGACUAAAGAUGUGAAGGAUUAUACGAAUGGGACCCCGGUACUUGUCUCUGUUGAUAUUACCAGAAGAAAACAUAAAUUAAGGCUUGAUGGCAUCAUCAGAACUGUUCUAUCUCUUGCUUGUAACAGGUGUGGUGACCCUGCAACUGAGAGUGUAUUCUCGAACUUCGCACUACUGUUAACCGAGGAACCAGGGGAAGAACCCGACGUCAUAAACUUGGGAUUCAUUUUUGGGGAAGAAAACUUGAGGAGUUUAGCCGGAACAGCUGAGGAAGAAGAUAACGAUGAUGCAUCUAUUGAUUUGGAGGAUAGGCUUCAUUUCCCCUUAGAGGAUAAAGAAAUUGACAUAUCCAAACACAUUCGAGAUAUGAUACAUCUAGAAAUAACCAUUAAUGCUGUAUGUGAUCCCAAAUGCAAAGGCCUGUGUCUGAACUGCGGUAGUAAUCUGAAUACUAGUGUUUGCAAGUGUAGCAAACAGGAGAUAAAAGAUGUUGGUAAUGGACCGCUUGGGGAAUUACGUAAGCACAUACAACAUAAAUGAUUAUCUCUCGGUGUAAUUAUGAGCAUUUAUUGUUUGGUUUACAAGGUAGGCUAACGGAAGAGAAGAGCUAUAUCAGAAUUGAAUUCAAAACCUUUGCUGAAAAAUGAUACUUGGUCCACAACUGAACAAGACCUAAUUCUCAGACGCAUUUGUUGGAAUACAAGCUAGAACUUUGAAAUACUGAUCCAAAGUGUAUACUUGUAAAUUAGCUCUUAUUUUUUGAAGAAUUAGAAAGUAUUAAUACAAUUUUAACUCUUAAUUGCAAUAUGCUUCAUUUUAAGCACUUAGCAUAUUAUAAAAUUUAGAGUUUGAGAAAGGUCAAACUAAGAUUGAUGUCUUGAUUUUAUCAAAUGGCAAUAACAAUACCACUUUUAACU